CUUCUAGAUACUCACGCAGUGAAAAUCUUGAUUUAGAUCUACAGACUCAUUAAUAAUAAACAAAACCAGUCUGGUGGGCACGUGAGUGAAGGAGAUCGUGACUUUGGACCAUGACAGUUUGAACAUUAGCAUCAAAACAGGAUUUAUUAAUUGUUGGUAUUUUAAACAGGCUCCGGUAAAGUGCUCAGAGUGAGCUCUCCUACCGCGCUCUCCUCUCUCUGGUCUCGUAGUAACGCUCAUCUGCAGAAACACCGGGACUCGUGGGCUCAGCACACCGACAGACAGACCUCCUCCUGUCCGGCUGCAGCACACAGACCCAACGCAUCGCUGCCCGUAUAACCGAUCAAUACUUCUAUCCAUCGGUCCCGUGAGCCGGCGCUUUGGAUCAGAACCGGUGCGUGGCCUGCGGGGAAUCAUGUAAUGAUGACAUCAGCGCGUGACAGUCUGGACUCUUCCUGCGCAAGCUGAUUGAUUGAUCUCCUUUGUCAGUCCCUGUGGUCCUCCCAGGUGUCCAGAUGCUUCCAGCCUCCAUCCAGAUCACUGGGGAGUUGCUGUCCUCAGCUGAGGUCCAGGACAUUUGUGAGAGUCUGAAGGACGAUGGAGUCCACCUGCUGUCCAUCCGCGGCUGUCAGCUGUCAGACCGGGACUUUGGACAGGUCUGCCGCAGUGUGGCAGCGUCCACCUCUCUGGCGCAGCUCAACCUUAAUCUAGGUGUGGUCUCCAGCAUCAGCCGUACACGCCACCUGGCCGAGGCCCUGAAGACCAACCGCUCCCUACAGACCCUGUUCCUCCAUGGCAGCCCGCUGCAGGAUGCGGGCUUGGUGACUCUGAAUCCGGCCCUGUCUACCCACCCGGCACUAGUCUGUCUGGACCUAGGAGACUGCAUGCUGGGGGACGAGGCUCUGGCUCUGAUCUGUGGGAUGCUGCCGCCGGACGGCGCCAAGUCUGGUCUGAGGGAGCUGACUCUCAGCGCUAACCCAGGAAUCAGCUCCAAAGGCUGGGCCCGGAUCUCCAUCGCGGUGGCCCACAGCUCACAGCUUCGGGUUCUGAACCUGGACUACAACCCGCUGGGAGACCAAAUUGCAUCCAUGCUGGCAGUUGCAGUGGCAUCCAGCAGAACCCUGGAGGUGUUGGAUCUGGAAGGAACGGGACUGACCAACCAGUCAGCACAGGUGUUCCUGGACAUGGUGGAGAACUACCCGACCAGCCUGCGAGUUCUGAUUCUGGUUGAGAAUGACAUCAGUCCAGAGCUGCAGCAGCAGAUCGGCGACUUGCUGUCUGAAGGAGAGGAUGAUGAUGACAGAGAGGCUCCGCCCCAGCUGAGAGGCUCCGUCUUCAGUAGUGCUCUCCGACCAAUCAGAGACAAGUACCAUCCCCCAGCCUGGCUCCCCCACAGCAACUCCGGACCCCAGAUGGUCAUGCUGACGUCAGGUCUAGGUGAGAGCCUAUUGGCUGAGACUGAGAUGUGACCCCUCCCACAUUAACACUCACUUCCUGUUAGAAUGUUUUCACUUCCUGAUUGAAUGUUUGUUUCUUUGCACUUCAUUUUACUGGACGGCUUACAGCCAAUCACAUGCUCUGUGUGGUGUUAAGUAGAGCCAGGGGGAGGGGCUUUUCUACAGGUGUGUUGUUUCUGAUGAAUGUACCUUUUCUGGUGUAUUCUGCUGCUAUGAUGUCUCAAUAAUAAAACAGUUUACAGCUUUAUAAACGCA